AGAGUAUUUAAUGAAAUAUCUAAGCACAACUAUUUACUAAACCUUUGACAAAAUUUGAGAGAACAGAAAACAGCCAAAAUCAAUUGAGAAAAAAAAUCUGCUUGGGGCAACAAGUCUGCCACAGAUUUCUAGAAUAGCAGUAGUUUGGCUUUGUUUUUCCAAAUUUUCCCUUUUUUCCUCCAGAGAAGUUAUGUUAACAGCAGAAAUUGUCCAAGAAGAACUAAACAAAGUGAAGCACUUAAAAUGAUCAAGAACCCAUUGUCAAGGCUGAUUUGAUUUACAAGUCAGAAACCAAUUUUACAAUGGAUGACAAAGAAACAAUGUCGUAUCAUUGGAGAGUUCAGCAGUUUUGGAAAAAAAUUGGCAGAUUGCGCUCUGACAAGAAUUUGGAUUUAAACAAUUGUACGUUGAAUGCAGUGGAUAUAAUGGAGCUGACCUUGCUGUGUGUCAGCAAUCUUUCUCUGUUGCUUGGCUGCCUUUUAGCUGCUGUAAUACCACUGAUGCCGGAUUUGGAAGAGAUUGAUCUUUCCUGGAAUGACUUCAUAGGAGGAGCACUAGAACCUCUGGCCCUUCAGUUCAAACAUCUGCAAGAGCUGAAAGUUCUCCAGCUGAACAGCUGCAGACUCACAACCAAGGAUGUUGCAUGUUUAGGAGAAGCGCUAGAUGGGAUUCCUCACCUUGAGAUACUGGAUUUAUCAUGGAAUUGUGGCAUUGGGGGAAGCCUUUCCCUUCUAACCUCCAAAAUCCUCAAAGGCUCUAAACUCAAAACAUUAAAAGUAACAGAUUGCUGUCUUACUCAGGAAGAUGGGAAAUCACUAGCUGAGCUUCUAAGUAGAAUCCCCAGCCUCAAAAUUCUGGACUUGUCAAUCAAUGUAAAGUUGGGAUGUAGUCUUAAAAACAUUGCUCAGGAAUUACGGUUUGUCUCAAGCUUGCAAAUAUUAAAUCUGAACACAUGUGGAUUAGAACAAGAUGGUUUCCAUUCCUUAGAUGCUGCUUUCCAAUAUUUAUCGGAAUUGAGAAUAUUAGAUUUAUCCUGCAAUAAAUUGAUUGGAGGAGGUUUCCAGUCUUUGGCUGGUCAUUUGGCCAGUUUAAGUAACCUUGAAAUCCUGAAUCUUCAUCAGUGUUGUAUUACAGAAGAGGACAUGUUGGUUUUAUCCCAGAUAAUACCCCUUUUGACAAAUCUUCGGGAGCUGAAUUUAUCCUCAAAUACAAAUGUAGGAAUAUCUACCUAUCAUCUUCUUAGCAGACUCCGAUUUUUACCAAGACUGACAUCUGUGCUCCUCAGCAAUUGUGCCUUGCAACAUGAUUCAUUUCUGUCUUUAGCUGAUGCUGUCUCUCAUCUUCCCGAACUGAAGCUACUAGACCUUUCUUGGAAUAAAUGUGUUGGUGGGAAUUUAAAACUGAUUCUGAAAGCAUUAAAACCUGAUUCCAAGAUCCAAAUAUUAAGGAUGAGCAGCUGUAGCUUGGUGGAUGAAGAUAUGAUUGAUUUGGCUUUGAUCAUCCAGGCUAGACCUCUGGCUCAGCUAAAGAACCUGGACCUCAGCUACAAUAACAGUAUUUCAGACCAAGGAUGGGAGACCUUCUGCGUAAGCCUAUCUGCUCUCGGGCAACUUUCUGAAUUGGAUAUUAGCUGUCGUCCUUCAUCACAAUGUGGCUGUGGGGAAUGGCUUGGGAAGCUGUUGGAUGCCCUAUCUCAGAUACUUCCAUUCACAGACCUAGAACUAAAUGGUUGGCUUCUUUCUGCAGCUCAACAAAAACUACUUGAAGAUUUCAGGUUGAAUAAGAAAGGAAAUGCCCAUUGCAACCUUUGAUAUAGAGCCUAAAAUUUUGGAGUAGCAUA